AUGAUGACUCCGAGACAAAUGAGUGAAGAUCGAGGAGGAGCUGGUGGAGGAUCUUCUCCUCCUUUCAGGCACACUCCGUUGCAGAUAAUCCAUGUUAUUGGUAACUUCUUGAGAAUAUGGUCAGUUUAUUCAAUGUACCGCUAUUUGUCUGAGACUGGAGCUUCAGUGAUACUUUUUAUAUUCAGUUGUUUGGUUCCAUCGUCAAUCCUGUUUUUAGCUUUGCAAAAGCCUUGGAAGGGAAGAGCACUCUCUAAUCAGCAGGUAGUGCCGUCGGUUAUAAAUGGUGCAAUAACAGCUUUAUACUUCAUCUUGUGGGGAAAGGGACUCAAGUCAUGUGGACCACUAAGAGCUAUCUUGGCGGAGUAUUCUGGUGCUGUUCUUGGAGUAUUAUCUGCAGCAUUAUAUGGACGGAGGGGCCAUGUAUGGAAAAAGGUUGGUGGGCUCAUUGCGAUGUUGGCAUCUUUCUACUUCUUAUCUCAAGGUCCAGCUACUGAGGAUCAGACAGAGGAGGUUUUGGGUAUGGGAGCAAUGGCAGUUCCAAUUCUUGCUGGAAUCUUAUCAGCUUUAAGAAGGGUUAUUGCACGGCGUGUUUCACUCAAGAAUCAACUUAAAAGGAGGCUUAAUGCCAUAACCAUUACUUCUGCAACAUGUUUUCUGUUUCCGGUGGCCAUGUGGGACUUUAUUAUCGGAUCAACUUCUGGCAGCAGUGUAGAACUGCUAUUUUCAACCUGGGCAUUUUUCAGCACUAUUCUUUUUGGAGUUAUCCUGAUAUUCUAUGUUGACAGUAUUGCAGAGGAGAGACUGCACAUGGUUUUCUCUUCACCAAGGCACCUAAUGGUAGCUGGAGGAUGCAUCAUCAUCAUGGAGAUUGUCUACAAAAUGGAUUUUUCUCUUCCAGGAUUCAUAAUAUGCUCCUUGAUUUUGGGCUUUGGUAUUUAUGAGGCAACUGCCUUGGAGCAUGGUAAAAAGGGUUCUUUUCAGCAAUCUGAUCCAUUGAGUGGGGUGUUGGAAGAUCAAAUUCAAAUGUCUCCGCUUCCUACUUGA